GAUGAGCAAAACAGGAAAGCUGAGUCCAAACAGAGGCAGGGGAUGAGGGAUGCAAAUACAGCUCCCUUUUGGGGCAGGAAAGCACCGAGCAGCCCCAGCUGAGCUGUCCCCAAAGAAAGAGGAAGGAAAACAGGGGGCUGAGCAAAUCCUGGAAGUUGGAAGGAGAAAUCUGGGCACAGGCUCGCAUGUUUCGGGUGGUCAGCGCUGUUACGUCACCCAUCACGGGUGAUGCUGUCCUGGCCGGCCUGAGGCUGCAGUGGGGCUGGAGGGCCAGGGCUGUGCUCCCACCUGAGCUCCCCGUGUGCCCCACAGGUGAGAAGCUGCAGAAGCCCCAGGCCGUGCGCUUUGCUGCAGAGGUGGCGUGGCACCUGCUGAGGUGGGAGCCGGGGCACGGCUGCCCCAGCAAUGCCAGCUACGACGUGGAGUAUAAAGUCUAUGGCUCAGUUGUCCCCUGGACAGCCAUCCCAGAGUGUGGGAAGAGCUCGGAGCACUCCUGUGACCUCACCUACUACACGCUGGACCAGGAGCAGCGCUACUUCGCGCGGGUCAGGGCCGUGUCCGGGAACCUCACGUCCCCCUGGGAGAGGAGCAGCGCCUUCUCCCCACAGGAAGCUGGCCUGCGCCUGGCGAGCCAGAGCCUCUCCGUGGUGGGCAACUCCAUCCAGGUGCGGCUGCAGCUGCUCCUGCACCGCGGGAACAUCACCGUGGAGUACACAGACUUCCAGAAGAAAAUGACCCAGUACCACGUGUAUGUCAGGAGGACACAGGACAACCACACGUUCACAGUGGUGAAGAGCAGCCCAGAGUUCACCCUGGGGGAGCUGCUGUGGCUCACAGAGUACUGCCUGAGCGUGGAGCCCGGCAUGGCCAACAGGCCCGUGCCCACCACGCGCACCGACGAGCAGUGCGUCACCACCGGCCACAGGGACAGGAGCGCAGAGCUUCUCCCGGGCAUCCUCAGCUCCUCCUUCAUCACCCUGUUUAUGCUGGGCCUCCUGGGGGCUCUGCUGGCCUGUACCUAUGUAAGGAAACCCGUGAGGACACCGUCAGUCCUGAAGUCCUUCAUGAAGCAGAGCUCGCUCUGGGUGGAGCAGGAGCCCCCAUCCUCGGGCAGCCUGGAUGCAGACCCCACGCAGCAGCUCUUCCUGUGCCAGAAGGAGCCCCGGCUGGACAGCAGCCCCGACAGCAGCACCAGCACAGCCCAGCUGCCCCUGGAGCAGGGCUGGAAGCUCCCAGCAUGGCCCAAGGACCAGCUGUGCCUGCUGGGGCCCAUGGGGAGCAGAGACAGCAGCGGCACCAGCACCGACAGCGGCAUCUGCCUGCACAUCCCCUCCUCCUCCUCCUCCUCCUCCUCCUCCUCCUCGUCCCUGAGCUGCUCCGCGGGCCCCGAGCCCCAGGGCUACAGGCAGCAGCUGCCCAAGGCUGAGGACAGCGGGGUGGGCUUGGAGAGCCCCUGCCCUGCUCCUGGCUGCUCCUCUGGCAGCAGGAAUGCCAGCCCAGGGGAGCCCGGGCUCUGCCAGGAAGAUGUGGAGUUCCGGGGGUACCUGCAGCAGUCCAAGGGCAGCAGGGAGCCAGAGCAGGCCCCGGGCAAGGCAGUGCCCCUCUCGGGCUGUGCAGGGUCCGUGCAGGGCCUGGGCAGCACCGACACCGUGCUGGACGUGGAGUGCUCCGAGCUGGCUGUGUCCAAAGGGUACCUGAAGCAGCCCUUGCCCGAGCAUCCCCUCACACAGGACCUCGCUCCACGGGGAGCCCCUGCCUGGGAUUUCUCCAGCCAGGCGGGGCCCCAAGCCCCCACUCUGCUGAGCUGGGCAGCUCCAGGUGCUCCACUGACCUCCAAAGCCAGUCCUGAUCUGAAAACUCCCUUCAACCUGAACAUCUUCAACAACACUGCCUUCCUGGGGACUGCCGCUGUGUCCAGCCUCAGCUCCAGCUGGAUCACACUGCCCAUCACGCCCCUGAGCUGGCUCAGCAGGGACAGCAAGGACAGCUGCCUGUGACCCAUCCCCUGGGGACCACAGCCCUGUGCUCUGACCCAACUACCUCGUGUGCCACUGGAUAAGCUACCCCCGACCCCUGAAUGUUCACAGUGCCAGGCCCAGCACGGCCCAGGAGCACCAGCUCAGCCACUGGUGGGGCUGCUUUGGCCCCAGUGCUGCUGUGGGCACCCCCAGUGAUCCCUCCAGCCAGUCCAACAGGGAUACACAGCGGGCACCUCUGCCUUGUCUGCCCUCCUCAGCAGCCCAGCAUGGGCUCAGGGCCAUCCUCAGGGCCUGGGGCAGUCCUGUGCUUUCACUUCCCCCUUUCCUGGGCCAGCUGGGCUCCUCCUGCUGAUGCCCACACUUGUGAUGCCCUCCCAACCUUUCACAACACAGAGGCCGAAAGCAGACGUCAGCCUGACAUCAGCACCCUGCAGCACGGGGCUGCUGCCCUGCCUGACCCCACAGGGAUGGACCAAGAGACUUUCCUGACCCUGCAGAGACCCUUCAGCAUCCAGCCCCUGUGGGAGAGCCCCAGCACAGGAUAUGGGAUGCACCUACGAGCCCAGCGUGGCAGUCCUACCCACACUAUGGUCUGUCUACAGACAUUAUUUAUUAAAUUUCAUUUGUAAAUACAGAAAAAACUUGCUGUUAUUUAUUUGGUCCAUUUGUUCAUCCUCUCCUAAGGCCAAGCUGAGCUUUCUGUUUCUGGAUUUGGACAUUCCCCAUCAGCAGGAGGCAGUUUGCCUCACGUGGUGAGGAGCAUUUCCAUGUCACAGCUGGGAAAAGGGAGAACCAAGCCAGCUCUCCAAGAGCUCCUCACACACCUGAGUUCCUGGGUGGUUGUCCCUGGGAGAUUUGUGGGAACAAUCACCAGAGGAGCAGCAGGGAAAAGGGGCUGGGCCGAUCACAGUGAUUCCACAGGGAUGCACAUCCCAUGGGACAUCACCAGGGAAGGACAGGAGCAGAACAAGUCAAACCCAGGGGUGGAGGAAAGACAGCAGUCAGGGCUCUGCUCAGCAACGUGGUGUUCUGUCAUGGGCUGGGCUCGAUCACCUCAGAGAUCUUUUCCAAACAAACUGAUUCUGUGAUGCUGUGAACAGUUGUCAUCAGAAUGGAAACAGGAUGAGACUGAACAGCUCAGCCUGGGUCAUCUGGGUCACAGGGAAGUUUUUCCAAAAGGCACUUCAUUUCUGGGAACCUUCAUGGUGGGAAGUAAAACUGCUGGCAAAAACCCUCCUUGGGAAAUGUGGUUUUCAGGUGAACGGUUUUUGGUUUUAUUUUCAGUUUUUUCAGUGCAGGCAGGAGAAGGGGGCUGAUCCUUGCUGUGUUUCCUUCUCUUCCAUCUCCCGUGGCACUGCUCACGUUUGAGAUCCAUCCCUGCAGCCCACAGGGAUGUGGAGGGCACUGGGAUCCUCCUCCUGCCCCUCCACUGGCCCCAUCUCUUCUGCCUCUGUGUGUUUUGGGGGUUAGAGCUUCUUGUUUUCUUCUUCAUUUUUUUCAACUUCCUCUGGAAAACGGAGUCGUCAAAAACACGGCUUUUUUUGUUGUUCUUUUAAACGCCGCUGACGUCAGGCCCCUGGCUGGAUCCUGCGUCAUGCAGGGCUCUGCUGGAUCCUGCUCAUCACAGAGGGCUCCCAGGCCCCAGGAGGGGGCAUUUCCCCCUCGCCAUGAGCAGUCAGAGAUCUCCUUUCAGCCAGGAGAAAGCCACAGACCACAGGGUUUAGCUUUGAUAGCCGAGAGCACAGAUGGUCCCUCUGACUCUCUGGAAAUCCCACUCUAUCCUCACUGGUUUCCCUACAACCACGUGGCUCUCUCGAGUUUUCCUUUGUUCUUCUUCUGGGAGAAACUUGCAAAGAGAUGGUCCCAAUGCCCCCCGUGCCUCACCAGCCCCCGCUGGCCAAGCAGGGCCCCUCUCCCUGGCCACAGGCCCCCCUGUGCACCCCUGGCUGCAGAGAGCCAGGGAGAACUGCAGAUGGAGGAGAUGCCCAGGGAAUUCAUGGAGUUUCCCUCUCUGGAGACAUUCCAAACCCACCUGGCUGCGUUCCUGUGUCCCCUGCUCCAGGUGACCUUGGGUAAGGUUGGCCCAGAUGGUCUGCAGAGGUCCCAGCGAUUCUGUUAUUCUGUGAAGCUUUUUUAGCAACAGAAACUGCACCAUUGCCAUUUCAGUUGAAAUCCAACCAAUUCAGGAGAUGUUUCUUGCAGAAGUGAAAACACAGGAAUCCUCCCCGGCUGGUUUUGGUUGCUUUUUCUGUUGGUGCCAGGCUGUGAGUGAGAGAGGCAGAGAGAGGAAGAGCUGCAAGAGCUUUUCCCCAUCCCUCUGUCCCUGGCCACACGUCCCAUCCCAGGGACAGCAAGGAAGGAAAU